AUGCUUAACAAUGCUACACGACUAUAUAAACUUGACAUUCCCAGCCUUACAACCAGCGAAUGUCGUCAACACUUCCACUACCCUGUCCAGCUACGCCAGUAUCUCAACUACAAAAGAAUGGACCCCUCCAAACCAACACUGCUUCUAAUCUCUGGAGCAUGGCAUACCCCAAAGUCCUACUCCAAAUUCACACAAGCACUCAGGAAUAACGGCUACGAAGUCCACGUGCCGCGCCUCCCAAGCAUGAACGGCGCAAACCCACCCAACGCAGAUCUCACAACCGAUACAGAUCUAAUUCACGGAUAUGUCGAAAGCCUUGUCUUCGCCGGCCGAACAGUGGUAGUGAUUAUGCACUCCUACGGCGGACAAGUCGGGACCAACGCCGUCCUUGACCUCGGACUGAACGGUCGUAAGAAGCGAGGUCUUACCGGCGGAGUCAGCCAUCUGGUCUACAUGUGUGCUUCUCUUUUCACCGAAGGCGCUUGUAUACUUGACAUUGCCAAAGAAUUCGGUACCGCCGACCAGAUCGCUAAUGCAUCUGAUAUUCUUGAGUUGUUUCCGAGAGAAGACUUGAAAGCUCUCAUGGCUGGUCCCGGGGUGGAUGAUGUGGAUGCUGAGAAUCUCGUUUCGACGUUGACGAAGUGGAAUGGAGAUGCGAUGUUGCAGCCGCUGGAGAGGUGUGCUUGGAGGGAGAUCCCGGCGACGUAUAUUCAUACGACGAAAGAUGCUGCUGUACCGUUUGAAUUUCAGAAGGUUAUGGUGGAGAAGGCCAGGGCUCAGGGUGGGGUUUUUGACACGGUGGAGUUGGAUGCUGGGCAUGGUGUUCAUUUAAGUAUGACUACGGAAGUGGCCAAGAUUAUUGAUAGGGUGGUCGCCCGAGAGGUAUAG